CCUGCCUCAGUCUUUCCCCCUCCCUCUUUCCCUCUUCCCCCCUCCCACCCCGGGCAGUGCCCGGGGCCCACAAGCACCGGUGGGGUCGCAGCAGCUCAACUGACUCCUGGCAGGCGGCCGCAAUUUCGGGACAUGAAAGAAUUGUAAGACUUCUUAAAUGACCAUCAAAUACAAUGAAUGAGGUGAAAGAAUUACUCAGGAACAUCGAACAGACUUACAAACUUUUCCAACAACAGCAGUUCACUUUUAUUGCCGCCUUGGAGCACUGCCGGGAGAAUGCUCACGACAAGAUCAGACCCAUCUCGAGCAUUGGUCAGGUGCAGAACUACAUGGACCACUAUUGCAACAACAGCACUGAUAAUCGGAUCCUUCACAUGUUCCUGAAACUCUGCACUGAGCUGAGCAAGCUCUGCCAACAAUUUGAGUCCCUGCACCCUGGCACCCCAGCCACCAACAAUAUCUUGGAGAAAUGCAAAAUCCUUGUCAGCCAAAGCAACGACCUGAGCAGCCUGAGGGCAAGAUACCCACAUGAUGUGGUCAACCACUUGAGCUGCGAUGAGGCAAGGAAUCACUAUGGAGGAGUUGUGAGUCUUAUACCUAUAACACUGGACUUAAUGAAAGAAUGGAUUGCCCACUUUGAGAAAUUACCGCGCAAAGCAAUUCAGCACGGGGCGACUUAGCUUCUGUACUCUUGCUUCCUCGGGGGAGACACUCAAGAAUUAAAGUGCUCCACCAGCUAUCUAUGUGGCUUGGUUUAUUGGGAUUUUCCCCUUACUGUACCCUCGAUUUAGCCUAAAACAUCCAAGGACAUCAAGCUGUCAUCAGACAAGCAGAAAUGAUUAAACUAUGCCUUUUCAGUGUAAUCUAGGUCAUUACUUGCAUAUAAUCUUAUUAGCCACAGGUGUUAAACAAGAAAGAAUCUGAACUUGAGGUUAGCUAGGGUUAAAAAAGGGCAGGGGAGGGGCAGCUAGGUGGUACAGU